UAUGCAUACAUCUACAUAUAUAUACCCAUAAAAUAGUAAAGUAUCUAGGGUUAAGUGGGAAGAGAGAACAUUAUCUUUCCGUCUAUCUUAAGGUUCUCUCACAAUGGCAGGAUUGGUGUUAUCAGGUUGUGCCCUUAAACCUUAUUCCCAAUCUUUAGCCAUACCCACUAAAGGGUUUAUCAAAAACCCAUCCAAGAUUCUUGUUUUCAACCAUAAAGAUCCAAUCUUUUCAUCAAAAACAGCCCCAGAUGGCCUUAUUUCUAAAUGGGCUGUCAAAGUUAGUGCCCCAUUCAAGAUGCCAUCAUUAGAUGAACAAGAUUUAGACAUACAGAGAAAUGGUCUUGAUGAAAAGAUUGUGGAAGAAAAGGAUGAUGUAUUUGAUGCAGGGGCACCACCACCAUUUAAGUUGGCUGAUAUUAGAGCUGCUAUACCAAAACAUUGUUGGACUAAAGAUCCAAUGAGGUCAAUGAGUUAUGUUGUUAGAGAUGUUGCCAUUGUUGUUGGCUUAGCAGCCGGUGCAGCUUAUCUUAAUAAUUGGCUUGUUUGGCCACUUUAUUGGGCUGCUCAAGGGACCAUGUUUUGGGGCCUUUUUGUUCUUGGUCAUGAUUGUGGCCAUGGGAGCUUCUCAAAUGAUCCUAAGCUGAAUAGUGUGGUUGGGCAUCUUCUACAUUCUUCAAUUCUUGUACCUUAUCAUGGAUGGAGAAUCAGCCAUAGAACGCAUCAUCAAAACCAUGGGCAUGUUGAAAAUGACGAAUCUUGGCAUCCGUUACCCGAGAAAACAUUCAGGAGUUUGGAUUGGAUUACACGAAUACUGCGCUUCACCGCCCCUUUUCCGUUGCUUGCGUAUCCAUUUUAUCUAUGGAAUAGAUCUCCCGGAAAGACUGGUUCACACUUUGAUCCAAAUAGUGACUUGUUUAAUCCAGUAGAGAGGAAAGACGUGAUCACUUCAACAAUUUGCUGGACAACAAUGUUUGCUUUGCUUGUUGGUUUGAAUUUUGUUGUUGGUCCAAUACAAAUGCUAAAACUCUAUGGCAUUCCAUAUUGGAUAAAUGUUAUGUGGUUGGACUUUGUUACUUACUUGCAUCACCAUGGUCAUGAAGAUAAACUUCCAUGGUAUCGCGGAAAGGAAUGGAGUUAUCUUAGGGGGGGACUGACCACCAUUGAUCGUGAUUAUGGUUGGCUUAAUAAUAUUCAUCAUGACAUCGGAACUCAUGUCAUUCAUCAUCUCUUUCCCCAGAUCCCGCAUUAUCACCUAAUUGAGGCUACGGAGGCUGUUAAGCCGGUAUUAGGGAAAUAUUAUCGUGAGCCAAAAAAGUCACAGGCUCUACCUCUCCACCUACUCGGGGAACUAAUCACUAGCUUGAGGAAAGACCAUUUUGUUAGUGACACUGGAGACGUCUUGUACUACCAAACUGACCCAAAGCUUAGCGGGGAACAGUAGUUAAAAGAUCAUUUAGGUAUACGUCGAUAUUGGCUUGGGAUGAUGACCAUUAUGUGUCUUAUUUCAAGCAACAAUUUUUUUUUUAAAGAUUAUUUCAAGCAACAUUAAGUUAUACAUCUAUAUAGUAUGUUAAUAGAGUUUUGAGGCGCAAGUUUAGAUGUUUAGUAAUUUCUUUAUUUAUUAGGGCCAUUUUUUUUGAUGUAACAUUAACAUGGCUUUUGAUGGAAAAAAGAAAGGAAAUGGAGUAUGCUUUGUUUUGCUA